ACAACGUUGACUACGAAAAAUUCAAGAGAACAGUCUUUCCUGGCUGAGAAAGAUCAACGAUCCAAUCGAAGUGUGUGGAGGGGCAAUUAGAAGUGAAGAGAAUUCAUAGUGGGGAAGAUGAGCCAGGAUUGUCGCAGUUCGCUGAAUUUCGCAGGCAGGAUUGUCCUGGCGAUAGUGACGAUAGCAGUGGCCUUUGAUGGAAACGCCGUCAUGCGGUUCAACGACUUAGUUACGUCCAUAGAAGUACGACUCACACGUAAAGUUCGCGCUUAACUGACUAUUCUUUUCUAACGUGGAACGUGGCAUAAUAUGCGACGUGAUGUAAGAUCAUCUAUCAGAGAUCGAUGGUGAAAGUCAGCAUUAUUUUCUCCUCGGCAUGUAAAUCCGGAAACAGGAUCGAUUUGCGUGAAUCGAGAGAUUGAGUAUAAGAGAGAGAGAGAGAGAGAGCAAUCUCUCGUCAGGCGUCACGAGAAUCGACGAAUUCGUAAUGAGUACGAUCCUUUGAAUAAUACGAUAACUUUCUCGGCAAAAUACACGACAGAACACAUACAUUCCUGGGAUCUAUGUUAUCCGAGAUCAAAAUGUGAGUGUUUGAUUCGCCGCGCAAUUGUGAUCGCAACUUACGAUAGAGAUACGUAAUCGACGAUCGUACGAUCUCACAGAUACGUAAACUAGAUUAAGUACGUUUUGUCAUCAUCGUGAUAAGAAGAAACUAUUUAAAAAUUUCAAGAGUCGACGUACUCUGAUCCUCGAAGUUUUUUCUCACAUCGGACCUCUACGAAAUUCAGGACAUCAUGUUCCAGUGCAUCAUACAGCAGAGGAACGGCUGGAUUCAUCCUUACACUCCCGACACCAAGGACGUCUUUCCAGAUAUACGGCUACAGCUGAACGAGCAGCUAAGAUGCCUCGACGUAAGAAUGGAGGCGCAAGUCGCCCUCGUGGCCGAGCUCCAGGACUUCUUCCGGAAAAGAGCGGAACUGGAGCUGGAUUACAGCAAAUCCCUCGACAAGAUGGCAAGAAGCAUACAAUUGAGGCACAAGGAACAGAAACAAAAGCGGGAACAAUGGCCCUUGUUCUCCAGCUACGCCUGCUGGCAGCAGCUCGUAAACGAGACCAAAUCCCUUAGCAGGGACCAUGCCGCCCUCUCUGAGGUCUACAGCACCCACCUCGUGGGCCGUCUCAAUCAGGUGAUGGAGGACGUGCAGCGAAUUUACAAGCGUUGUCGCGAGAUAGGCUACGAGACGCACGAAGAGAUACUCCGAGUUUUGCACGAAUUACACACGACGAUGAAGACCUACCAUGCUUACCAAGCUGAAUCCAGGCAGGCGGAGACGAAGCUCCGCGUCGCCGAGCAGCAACGUAACAAGCUCGAGGUGGCGAACGCGGACAGCCGUGAGAAACUUGCACGCAGCAAGAAGUACAAACUCAUCGAGAAAGAAGUCAACAAGAGGAAGAGCAAGUACCAGGAGGCGAAAUUGAAGGCGCUCAAGGCGAGAAACGAGUACAUCCUGUGCCUGGAGGCGUCUAACACAACGAUACACAAGUACUUCGUCGAUGACCUAUCCGAUCUUAUCGACUGCAUGGACUUUGGAUUCCACAAUUGCAUAGCAAGGGCACUGCUGAUGCACUGCAGCGCGGAGGAGGGCAGACAACGUUCCCUACAAUCUGGCGCCGAACAAUUAGCCGCGUGCGUCGGUGCGCUUGACUCCCGGGCGGAUAAGCAAAGAUUCCUGGAGUCUCAUCACGCAGCCUUCAUGAUUCCCAAGAAGUUUGAAUUCCAAGGACAGCGUGGAGAUGAGACGCCUGAGCCUGAAUUGCAAAAGAUGCUACAUUCGGAAAUGGAACAACGACUACAGCAGCUGCAACAGAGGGUAACGUCGCUGCGAACUGAAUCGGAGGAGGUAUGGAAGACUUUGGAGACAGCGGAGGCGAGCCUACUCGAGAUGCUAACUGCCAAGGAUUAUGAUUGCUCGAGAUACUUUGGAGAGAACGCCGUGUCUACAUCCAGGCCGCCGGAGACGCUGCAGAUCAAGCUGCGAGCCGAUAGACAGGAGACUGAAGAAUUCUACCUCACGAAAUUCAGGGAAUAUCUUCUCGGCACAUCGAGAAUAGCCAGGUUAGAUGCGAAACAAGAGUAUAUCCGGCAGAGCCUACUGGAUGGUUCAAAUGCUAGCCCGAAUCCGUCUAUUUCCGCCACGAAGCAAAAACAGGCACGUCGCAAACGGAUCGGACGCCUGCAGAUGAACGGCCAACCAAAACUGUUUGGCGGUUCGCUCGAAGAAUAUCUGGAGAGCACCAAUCAGGAAAUACCGUUGAUCAUGAAGAGUUGCAUUCGCGUAAUCAAUUUAUAUGGAUUGCAUCAUCAAGGUAUCUUUCGUGUGUCGGGCUCACAGGUAGAAAUUAACAAUUUCCGCGAAUGGUUCGAGCGUGGCGAGGAUCCACUUGCGGAUGUCACAGACGCCUCGGACAUCAACAGUGUCGCUGGGGUGCUAAAACUUUAUCUGAGGGAAUUGCGCGAACCUCUCUUUCCAAUCAUCUAUUUCGAACAUCUGAUGGAGCUGGCACAGCUUGAAUCGAAGCAAGAUUUCGUUAACAAGAUGAAGGAGAUGAUUGCGAGUCUACCACGGCCAGUCGUGAUCGUCAUGCGUUAUCUUUUUGCUUUUCUCAAUCAUCUAUCGGAAUUCUCGGAUGAGAAUAUGAUGGAUCCGUAUAACUUGGCUAUUUGCUUCGGUCCGACCUUGGUGCCUGUUCCUGAGGAUAAGGAUCAAGUUCAGUACCAGAAUCAGGUCAACGAGCUUAUCAAGAAUAUUAUUACGUUUUGCGAAGAAAUCUUUCCAGAAGACAUCGGAGGUACUCAAUACGAGAAAUACAUAAGCAGAGAACCUGAUGAUGUGGAUGUGGGAGAUUCACCGACGGAUCAAGUUCAGGAAGAUAUGGAUUCGGAAGUUUACCCGUCUGAAGAUGAAUCAGAGAAUCUCGAAGGUACGGCGCAAUUUGAUUUUAAUGCGAGAUCCGAACGAGAAUUGAGUUUCAAAAAGGGUGACACCUUGACGCUGUAUACACAAGUUAGCAAUGAUUGGUGGCGAGGCGCUCUAGCUGGCAGAGAGGGACUGAUUCCUGAUAAAUAUAUUAUGCUCAAGAUAAAGGAUGAGGAGCGUGAGAAGGAACUUUUAAAAUCAUCCAGUGAGGAAUCCAUGCGUAGAAGAGCGUCCAGCUCGGCAGAUAGUGUACUGUCGAGCAAUAACUCGCCGCUAAUGGGUCCAUCGGCGAAUCCGAGCACCUGGUCGUCUGGUGCGGCUUCCGACAUGUCGUCAUCUGCUACGACGAACAUAAUAACGGACAAUAGUAACGCCAGCGGUAUUAUUGCGUCUGUGGUGACGAAUGUACCCUGCAUCUCGUCGGCGCAGCCGAUCAUCAGUCGAGAGAUGAGAUCAAAAGGAAUGCCGCUCGCGUGGGGGGCCUGCUUGUCUCCAGCGGAUAUCCUUUCGGCUUCCGAGGCUGAUUCUACAACUCCAUCGAGGCCGGCCAGGGUGUCCACCCCCACGGAGAAUGAGAAGCACUCGGAGCAACAUCGGAACAACGUCGACAAUAUUCUUCAGAUUACUUUGGAGAACAGUGUCGAAUGCGUCGAUGGCGGUGGUAAUGCAAACUCCGCUCAGCAGCAGCAGCAGCAGCAGCAACGAGGCGGAAGUGGCGUCGAAGAAGUCACGCAUGAAGAUUUAGGCAAUAACGUUUCAGGGACGAUUUCAUCGCUAGACGGCAUCGUGACAAAACGCGGCGCUGGCCGGAAGCAGCAGCAUUGGAAGUCGCAGAGCGUCGGCGAGAGCAUGAUCGCACAACAUCAGCAGCUGCAGCUGUCGCACGCAAACUCCCUGUCGACUUCUACGACGACGACGAGCAUAUCGGUGGUAACAACGACGGCGACGACGACGACGACGACGACGACAACCAUUAUGACACCGGACGACGAGUCGCAGCAGGAGCAGCAGACGACGACAAACUUCUCGGCGAAUCGUGAACUCUGGCAGCGUCGCGCCACUUCACAGACGCAGUCGACUCCCAAAUCGUCGUCCUAUUCCCGCGCGUCUCAAGAGUUCCGCGAGAUGCGGCAGAAACACACUCCCGAUCUAGUGAUGGAUCUGCCGCUGUCGGCGCAAGACCCGGUUGGUAAGAAAUCUGCGUCGUCCAGCAGUCUGAGCAGCUCAGACGAGGAAACGAUGAUACCGUCAUUGCUGGCACCGCAACAAACGCCACCUUCGCGAGCGGAGGCGGCCACGUCGCCGACUGGCGGUCCAGAGUCGCCGGACAUGAGCACUGCCGCCGAACGUUUUGCCAAGCAGAAUCAGUGUACCCUGAAGAAGAACACAAAGACUGCGAACUCGGACACUGCUGGCAGCAACAAACUGAAGCGGAUCGAAACGGCAGAGCACGACGGCACAGGGGUCGUCGUCGAUGCGGAGAACGACGAGAUCAUCCGGUCGGCCAGUUCGAAUCAGAUCGCUGCUGACAGUGGCAGCGGCGGAGGAAGCGGAGGAGGUGGAGGAGGAGGCGGCGGAGGAAUAUCGCUCAGGUCGCCUCUACCACCGCGUUCUACUCCCAAAAUCGUCGCCAAAUUCGCCGACAUGCAUCUGACCGGCGGCAGCCAGGUGGUUUCGUCGUUCAAACCGCAAGUCAAAGUCAAGCCGACGAUCCUGCGCAAACCGGUGCUACCGUUCCCGCAUCCGCACAUGAGCCCGGAGCUCGCGCGUAAAAUCGAGAAGCAAGCGCAGAGCACGGAGCAGGCCAACUAGAUUGCCAUAAUCGCCGAGCGGAGCCGAGGAGGCUCACAUUAUUCACGAUCGGAGCGCGUUUGGCACCUCGGCGUCGAAGAUAUUGUCCUUUCGGCGCUGCCCCUCGAGCCAUAGACGAAAGUGAUCCCAGAAUCUGUCACUCAACGAUAUUAUCGCGUCGCGUAAGAAGAUACGCGAGUUCAACUUUUAAUCUUUACAUCCCCUCGAAUUUUAAUCGCUUUCAAACGAUGUUACUUGACAAUAACCAUUCCUUCUCUCGCGCGCGCGAAAUCGCGUGAAAGAUGCGAAUCGCUGGAGGAAAAACGCGGUAAAAUAGGACCUAGGUCGUCGCCGGGGCGUCAAGCCGAUCGUGCUUCGAGUUUUCGAGAUUUCGCCGUCUCGAGGCGUGUGUAGUGUGAUAGAUUUAGAGCGAUAUACGAAAACGCGACCACCCAUCGACCAGUUACUCCGCCCAGUCGCGAGGACUUAUACCGUAUUAAUUAUCUCGUGCCCGAGAAGAAGAAAGGAAAGCCACUGUAGGAUAGCGCGCGGCCGGUGCGACGUGAAUCGCCGCGCAUGCUAAAUUAAUAAUCGCGCGGCUAUCGGUGCUAAAUUUGGCACAGGUUUGAGCGGUAAUCGCGCACGCGAGACCAUGGCGCUAUCCUCAUGGAGGCGAGUUUAUUUUUUCUACAGAUGUUUUCCAUUUUCGCAUAAUUUUUUUACCAAAUGAUCCGCGCGAAGCGACGUUUCUAGUCAUCAAGCGAAGAUAAGAAUAAGAGAAAAAAAUAAUGAGAGAGAGAAAGAGAGAGAGAGAGAAAGAAGAGUGUGAAAGCGUGAGAAGAAAAAAAAAGCGAGAGAGAAAAACGUUAGCAUCGAAGAGCGUGAAUUUGUAACGUUGGACGGUAUAAUUUAUUUUUUAACGUGUGCCCGAUGUAUACGCCAAUAAUGGAUUUUUCUGCUACUAUCAUUAUUCUUGACGAGUACCGUCGCGAGUCGCGAGCCGCGGCGAGCACGUUCGAUGGUUCCUUUAUGCGCGAGCGAAUGUCAGUAUGAGUUUAAAGAAAACAAGAAAGGAAGGAAAAGAAAUGGAGAGGGAGAAAGAAGAAGCAUGCCGUUCCCUAAAUCCCGUUCUCGUCUCCUAGAACAAUUCUCCGAUCGCGAGAGGGGUUGUUUCUCGUGUUUUAGAACGGAAGAGAGUAAGAAUGAGAGAAGAGAGGAUCUCUCGGGAUCCGCGAGUCCCGCGACUUUAUUGAUAGGUUUAUUAUAAUAGGCUACAUUACAUUCUACUAUAUGUAUACCGCGUGCCGAUCUUAAUUAUAGGUACUAAUUAAUCCAAACAGCGAUGUUCGAUAUAUUCGAGAUAGAGAGGAAGAAAAGGGGAAGAAGAGUCUAGUUAGGUGACGACGAUAACGCGAAUACUUACUCGAUUAACACCGCGUCGUGAGCUGUUGCUUAUUACAAUUCCGAUAUCAACGAGAUAAAGGAGAAAGCGAAGGAAAAAGGAAAAAAAAAGAAAUAAGAAACGCAAUCUCUGCAACUCACCUCGACGUAUUCCCGCAUCGCUCCCCCUGUAAUCGAUCGAAAA